AUGUGGUAUCCGAUGUUUUGCCGUUUCAUCGCAACGGUGUUGCUCGCCCAACUCGCUCUUGGAGCAACGACCGAUGCCACUUACGCUACAGGUACUGGGAGCUCGGUGCGGCCGUCUUUCAUGUACUCCAACACCACACAGAGCUCUUCUCCCUCUUCUGCCUUGGCUUCAUCGGGCCUUGGAAGCUCCCUCUCGACUUAUUCUAGUGCUGUGAGCUCUGGUACCAGCAUUGCUCCUUCUAGCGGGGUGACCUCUGCACCCUCUAGCGUUUCAGGCGCGGUCACGGUGGUCGAAACUGUAACCUCCACUACCACGGUGCACUCCACUUCCACCGUAUACACGACGGUGACCUCUACGGUCAUGGCGACUGAAAUCGUUACUGCUGCCCCCGUGACAAGUACGGUCAUUGAAAUUGAGACAGCUACAGUCGUCUCGACUGUCUAUGGCACUGAGACAGACACGGUUACCCAAACGGCCUCAACUACUACGACUACCACUGCCACCACUACGGAGACCUCCUCUGCAACUGUCACCCUCAUUUAA